AUGCCCACCUAUUUCGAUACCCUCCAGCGCAAUUUCAAGGACGUUUCCGUGGAUGCUAAUCAGGACAUUGACACUACAGAGUUCUUAGAAGCCGCAGAGGGCGUAGUCAAAAUGUUUGACCUUCUAGAGAGCACUGCUUUUGGUGUUGUGCAGAACGACAUGACAGGCAACAUCGUCAAGAUUCGCACCCGGCAACUUGAGAACCCCGACGCCGGUAAGACUUUGCAGGUGAUUGUUUUGGGCGAGGCUACGGGCUCCAAAAAGACCGCUACACAGGCGCUUUUGUGGCUCACCCGAGGGUUGCAUUUCACGGCCGUGGCCAUGCGACGAAACCUCGACAACAAGGAGGAGGAGCUCAGCUCUUCGUUCAACAAGGCCUACACCGAGACUCUUAGCAAGUACCACAGUAUGCUUGUGCGUCCUGUUUUCAAAUUGGCUAUGAAGGCGUGCCCUUGGCGCAAGGCAUUCUACGAAAAAUUGGGCGACGAUUUGGCAACUGUGGACGAGCAAUUGGACGCUUGGCUCACUGCUCUCGAGAAGAUCGUAAAGAUCAUCCAGGACUUUUUGGAGAGUGGUAACUACGCUAAAGGUCUUUAA